AUGUCGGAUUUCGCACAGUAUACCGCAAAUGGUACCAAGUCAACCUCGAACAAUGGCCCUACGCAGGGAGAGAUAGCAUGGGGCUCGCAAAAGAACCCAGCCGCCUACGAUUUCCGCUCCGACGUCCACACCACGCCGACCGCUUCGAUGCUGAAUGCGAUCGCGCAAUGCACCCUUCUCGACGAUGUCACAAUGGAGGACCCUACAACACUAUCCCUUGAGCGCUUCAUUGCCGACCUUACAGGGAAGGAGGACGCGUUGCUUGUCCUUUCAGGCACUAUGGGAAACCAGGUUGCGCUUCGAUCACAUCUUACUGCUCCACCGCAAGCAGUACUGUGCGAUCGGAGGGGCCACAUCAUACAGUAUGAGGCCGGAGGCAUAGCGACUCUGAGUCAAGCCAUGGUACAGCCUAUCGAUGCGAAGAACAAGAAGUAUAUCACGUUGGAAGAGGUACAGGAACUCGCCGUCAUCUCGGACGACGUUCACGCGUGCCCUACACGCGUAAUAUCGCUCGAGAACACCUUGAAUGGCACGAUCAUGCCGCUCUCCGAGGUUCGCAGGAUAUCCGCGUUUGCUCGCGAGAACGGCAUCAUAAUGCAUUUGGACGGUGCACGGCUGUGGGAGGCUGUCGCGGCCGGUGCAGGGACUCUCAAAGAGUUCUGCGCCGAAUUCGACAGUGUAAGUCUUUGCUUCAGCAAAGGCCUUGGUGCGCCCAUUGGAAGCAUCGUCAUUGGCACGAAAGCAUUCAUCAAGCGCUCUCGCUGGAUUCGCAAGUCUAUUGGUGGUGGUCUGCGUCAAGCUGGCGUUGUUGCAGCACCAGCGCGUGUCGCUGUGGAGGAGACCUUCCUUGGUGGUAAACUCACCCAAUCACAUGAGAAUGCGAAGAAAAUCGAAAAGUUUUGGACAGACCUGGGCGGCAAGACAUCAUAUCCUGUUGAUACGAACAUGGUCUGGCUGAAUCUCGAGGGCAGCGGCGUAAAGAUCGGAGAAGAUGCGAUACAACGAGUGGGCCAACUUUUCGCCGACGCGCUGAAGGGCCAGGCUGGGGACCUGAAGACGGGCAAAGUGGAGCACAGUCCCGAAGAUCUAAAGCUAAAGGGCAAAGGCGUCGAGUAA